GUGUCCCCAGCGCCACCGCGAGCUUGUGGCGCGCUGGCGGCUGCGCACGGUGCGCGUGGGCGUGCCCGAGCGGAGCCACGCUGCCCGCCCCACCCCCUUGUGGCGGUUGCCCCCAGGCUGGACUCCGGCUCGCGCGGGGCGUGUGGCCGGGCCCGCGUGCCCUCGGCCGGCUACACCGCGCGCCGGCGGCUCGGGGCCGGGCAUGCUGGGAACUGCUCUGUGAACCGUCACCGCCGCCGCCGCCGCCGCCGCCGUCACCACCCGCGGGGCGAGUCUCUGAGGCGCGGAGAUGAAAUUCCCGGCCUCGGUGUUAGCGUCCCUGUUCCUGUUCGUGGCCGAGACGAUAGCGGCGCUCUACCUGAGCAGCACCUACCGCUCCGAUGGGGACCGCAUGUGGCAGGCGCUGACGCUGCUCUUCUCCUUGAUGCCCUGUGCUCUGGUGCAGUUCACGCUCCUCUUCGUCCACCGCGACCUCAGCCGCGAUCGGCCACUGGUGCUGCUCAUGCACCUGCUCCAGCUCGGGCCCCUGUUCAGGUGUUUUGAAGUCUUUUGCCUCUACUGUCAGUCCAGCCCGAAUGAAGAGCCUUAUGUGAGCAUCACUAAGAAACGACAGAUACCGAAAGAUGGCCUCUCAGAGGAGGUGGAGAAGGAGGUGGGCCAGGCAGAAGGCAAGAUGUUUACCCACCGUUCCGCCUUCAGUCGGGCAUCCGUGAUCCAGGCUUUCCUAGGCUCUGCCCCACAACUGACCCUACAGCUGUAUAUUACCGUCUUGCAGCAGAACAUCACUACUGGAAGAAGCAUCAUCAUGUCCUUGUCCCUGUUGUCCAUUGUAUAUGGAGCCUUGCGUUGCAACAUCUUAGCCAUCAAAAUCAAGUACGAUGAGUACGAGGUCAAAGUCAAACCCCUGGCCUAUGUCUGUAUCUUCCUUUGGAGAAGCUUUGAGAUUGCCACUCGGGUCAUUGUCCUGGUCCUCUUUACCUCUGUCCUGAAGAUCUGGGUGGUGCCCGUCAUACUUGUCAACUUCUUCAGUUUCUUCUUAUAUCCCUGGGUCCUCUUCUGGUGCAGUGGCUCCCCGUUCCCCGAGAACAUUGAGAAGGCCCUGAGUAGAGUGGGUACCACCAUUGUACUGUGUUUCCUCACUUUUCUCUACGCUGGUAUCAACAUGUUCUGCUGGUCAGCUGUACAGCUCAAGAUCGACAGUCCUGACCUCAUCAGCAAAUCCCAGAAUUGGUACCGACUGCUGAUUUACUACAUGAUGAGAUUCAUUGAGAAUUCUGUCCUCCUGCUCCUGUGGUAUUUUUUCAAAACUGACAUAUACAUGUAUGUUUGUGCGCCUCUGCUGAUUCUGCAGCUACUCAUUGCAUACUGCACAGGCAUUCUGUUCAUGCUUGUGUUCUAUCAGUUUUUUCACCCUUGCAAAAAGCUCUUCUCUUCCAGUGUUUCUGAAAGCUUUAGGUCAUGUCUCAGGUGUGUCUGCUGGUCCUGUGUGAGGAGAAAAUCCUCCGAACCAGUAGUAAGUGUAGACACGGACUUAAAGUCAUCCACAGAUCAAGGUCAAGAUGAAGGUCAAGAUGAAGAUCAAGGUCAAGAUGUAACACCUUCUACCAGUAGACUAAGUCCUGAGACCACUGAGAUGUGGAGUGCUGUUGAUCUGUACUCUGCUUAAUGGAACCUGAAGUGUCUUACAAGAAAGGGAGAUUGUGUUUUGGGUUAAUAACUAUUCUUCAUACAAGGAAUGAGCCCCACACAGGGGAUAAGGCAGGGAAUUAGCUGCCAAUUCCUUGUGAGCCUUUUAUAGAGCUCUUUGAUUCGAGGUAGCUAUGGAACGCACUGGGGAAGCCUACUUACCCCACAGUUUGUUUCACAGUUGACUCUGUUACAUUCUUGCAGGCCUUACUGGCCAUUUCAUUGACACAGUAUACCUGAAGUUUCAGUUGAGCUGGUCAUAUUCAUCGGAUAUAAUAAAGAGAAAGGCUCCUUUUCUACAAUGUUGUCUCAGUAGCCUGACCCUUUACUAAUACUGAAUAUAGCUUUAUACAAAAGUCACCGUGAUAGUCAUAAUAGGUUACUAGGGAUUUUCAACCUCAUUCCUGUCAUAACUUACAGGGAGAGCUGUUUUAGUUUGUUUUAUCAGUGUAUUCCAUUUUCACCUCAUUAAGACUUUUUGUACAUAACCAGCUGAAGCCACUCUGGCAUGCCUAGAUUUGGGGACUUUAUUCCCUAUGAUCCAUUGGUACAGUUAUUUAGGAAAGCUGAGUUUCAUUCCACAUGUUGAAGAAAUUAGGGAUCAGGAUGGACUGGGACAGUUAUUAGAACAUCAAAAAUGAUAGAAGUUUAUACAAAUAGAACUGUUAACUUCUCCAAAUGUCUGAAGAUAUUCAUUGGUUAGAAGGUAGGCUCAGUUCUCCUCAUAAGUCAGUCUUGUCUAUAAUUCUGGGAAAUUUCUAGUAGAAUUUGCUAAGAUUAAUAUUUUAAGAAAGAAUAAAAUAAUAGUUUUCAUUCCUAUUGCCCCUUUCCUCGUCUGCCAGGAAAUUUUUAACAAGACUUACCUCAGUUCACCUGUUGUUUCUAGAAAGCCCCAUAGAAGUCUCUUCCCCAGUUCUAGUAUAUAGGAUGUUUUAGUUUUCAUGAGUUGAAGAGAAAGGAAUGUUUUCCUCACUACCACCCGUAGUUAUAAGAAGGAGUGAGAUAAGCGGAAGACCUUCUUCAGGAAAUGCAUUUUGACUUGACAUCAUUAUCAGUUAAUUUUAAUAAGAUCUUCAUUUUCUCUUGUGUGUGAUUUCUCUUUAAUCUGCAGCUGUUUGUUUCUGUUUUAAGAGUUGGGUGAAUAUUGUCACUAAUAUUCUGACAAUGCCUAUAAGCAGUGCUGUUAUUUGUACCACUAAAAUUUACAGUGGAAUGUCUAGAAAGACAUGGUUAUAAAGUUUACACCAAUUUAAAAUGAGAGUUGUUGCAAAAUUUAAGAAUUUUUUAAAGAUAUCUUCAUUUAUGGAUUCUGUGAGACAGAGCAGACAUUUACUUUUCUGACCACAUUUAUCUGUCUAUCAUACUAGUAAUAAUUUGCUUUUCAACUCUUUAUCACAUUGAUGAAUAAUUUCAUAAACAUGAAAAUUAAUUUGGUAAAUAAAUUUUACUAUGCUAGAGGAUUCAUAAAACAGUAAAUAUUCUUUGGCAUGUCAUUCACACUGUAAUAUUUAUACCAUUUUAUAUGCAUAUAUAUCAUUAAGGUCCUACACUGUAAAACAUUCAUUUACUUUCAUGAAGUAUAUUUUCUCGUUUGUAAUUCUCAUGGUAUUUAUAGUUUAAGUCUAUGAGAAUCCACAGGCAGUACAUCCAUUUUGACUACUUUUAAGAUAUAAAAAGGAAACUUAAGAUUGUCUGUUCUCUGUUAACCCAUGUGCCACUUCUCCUGUCUUUAAUAGGACUAGAUAAAGUUAGCAUAUAUCAUCAAAAUGAUACUUUAUAGAACAGAUAUUUCUCUGUGCUUUGUACUUUUCAUAUUCAGAGGUACAAAACUGUAAUACAGGGGAAAUUGCCUUUGAAAAUAUAUAACAACUACAGGUAAACCAAAGCUAAGGUGGUAAAGCACACUUGUUUUGGUUAUUUCAUAAUUUAAGGUGUUGAAAAUGACAAGAGAGUAGAAGACUGCUCCUAAGCAUUUCCAAAUGCUUUUUGUCAAAUUGCUUCGUUAUGUUUCCCGAUGCCACAUGGCUUCCCUCUUGAAUGUGAAAGAGCACCUUCCUUGAAGAUCCACAGUGACGGGUGGGAGAGACGCUGCUACCCUUUCCCAAUUUUAGGUUAUGCCUUGUGACCAAGGCUCGAGUCGGCCACCAGCUUGUCACUUUCUAGGAGGUUCGGAGUUAGACAAGGGUGAGGACACUUGUGUUUUUCCAGCCUGGUUUGGAAACAUGACUUAAAAUAUUCUUAAUUUUAAAAUAUAUUAUAAGCCCCUUUACUUUAGACAGUUGGUAAGCAUCUUGAAUGACCUCAAACAAAACUAACAGUGAUAAACUGUCACUGAAGACCCAGCUCAAGCUUUAUAAAGAAUGAUUUUUCUUUUUUAGCAAAUUAGAUAUCAUUUCAGUCUCUUGGCAUAUAGGCCUUUUCCUACUACAGUCCCAAGUUUACUUAAUUACUCUAUGCCUCAGUUUCCUCCCUCACCAGAUUAAGAUGAUAUACUUGUCCAACUUACCUCACUAACCUGUUGGAAAGAUUUUAUUAAGCAAUAGAUACAAAAAUAUUUUUUAAAUAAUUUCAAAAUACCUUUAAAGAAUUAUUAUAUUCAAGUCAAUAAACAGAUUAUUGUUUGUGUUCUGUUUUCUUAUUUACUGUCUGAACUGAAGUAAGUAGUUUCAUCCACGUCAGUGUUUUGAGUGAACAUAUAGGUCAUUGUUCUUCUUUGUAACUGCCCUCUCUUACCAUCAGUUGAUUACAAAAUUUAGUGCUCAGAGUGUGUGAAAUGGCUCAGCAGGGAAAGGUACUUGCCACUAAACCCAACACCCUGAGUUCCAUCCUGGGGACCUACAUGGUGCAAGGAGAGAAACAAUUUUCACAGGUUGUCUGAUUUCCACAAGCACACCAUGGCAUUCACACACAGGUUCUCUGUCUCUCUCUCUCCCCCCACCCCUGCCUCUCUCUCACACACACAAUUAAUAUAUGCAAUGAGUAUUUUAAAAAUCGCCCAAAGUCCUUAGUACUUGGCCUUCAAAAGGGGUCAUGACCUACAGGCUGAGAAUCACUGUUCUACAGCAAAACUGAAAGAAUUUGUUCUUUAUUCAGUGUUACUGUUAGAGACUCUCCAGCCUAUAGGCAUGUGUCACUCACCCAAGUAUUCAGUUCCAUAGUAAGAAUACAUCAGGGAGAACGGCUUUCUCUCCUUCAGGGCGUACUGCUUCCCAGAGUCCAAAAUUGCCUGGCAUAUUGAUAUAAUUUGUGCUGGAGUCAAUACCUGGAUAAAGAAAAAUCAAAAAGUCAAAGUCAAAGCAGGACUUCUCUCUCUGGCCCCUCAAACAUUAAAUCAGAGGGCUUCAAAAGGUGAUCCUGUAUGUAAAAAUUUAGCCAAACUUCCUUCCUAUUUUGCAGCUUGUUCUCCUUCUUUUGAUUCAAGUUUAUCUACCCUCGUCAGAACAUUUAAAACAGACACUUUAGCCUUGAUCAGUUGUUAUAAAAUACAAAGACCACCAUAUACAUGUUCUAUCAUUAAUCCUUGUCAUGGGGACAAGAAUUUCCUCAGGAAAGAACAAACGCUGAUGCUAAUGGAUUGUGCGUCACAAAGCCACGACUCCUGCCACAACGUAAGCUACAUACAGGUCUGUUCCAGACAUCAGGCCUUUACUUGGUGGCAUUUAGGCUGUGCAUUUAAAGCCAUGUCUCUACAUCAAGCCACCGAGCAACAAAUUUAGAGCAUCCACUUGCGUUCCCAGAAUGAAAGCAACGUCCAGUUGUGCCAAGGCAAAAAUCACUUAAUCACUAAAAUGAUUCCGAACUGAGAAAGGCUGAAAUCCAAUGGAUCUGAGAAACUGCUUCUAGUGGCAAGUAAGUUUUUUGUCUUGAUAGUAUAUUUCAUAAAGAUUGUACAGUACAACUUAAAUGGCUUAUUGAAAUCAUUAAUUAAAUGUGAAGGUAAUCUGUUCAAUGUUGUAAAUGGGAAAAUAAGCAUUAGCAUCGAUUGUCUUGACAACACAGCAUUUCCUUGAGAUCAAUCUUACAACAUUAAUAUGGUCGUAUGUGCCAGUACAUCUCAGCCAAUAGAUUGUGGAUAUGAACUUUUGUGGAGUGCUUCUCUGAGUCACUGGCUCAAAUAUUGUUUAUGUUUCCUCAUAUAAUAAAUUAAUUUUUUAAAAAAGUUCUUGCAUUUUAUUUCUUGUAUAGUCCUCAAGUGACUUAAAAUUUAAGGCCCAUUUGAAAGACAAAUUUGAAAAUGGUUUGUUAUGAUUAUAUAUUUUAAUGUAAGAUGGAAAUUCCUGCCAUAGCAUGAGAAGUUUAAGAAUGCUAACAUUGAGCCUUACAAUAUAGCAGCUGUUCAUGAAAACACUGCUUUUUGUGUAUGAAUUUGAUCAAUUUUUUGAAGCCAUGAUGCUGGGUACUGCUACUAAGAUUCUGCUAAAUUGUCUGGAUUCUGGUGGUGACAUAAUUGUUCUUUCUGUUGUUGAUUGUGUUCGUACACUGGCAUUUAGACAUCUGGAUUUGGGAGGAUUAUAAGUUUAUUAUGUUUAUUCCUGUGUUUGUUUUUGUUGAAUGGGUAUUUUUUUCUCUUGGUUUCUGUUUUUUCUAUGGUUUUCUGGUCCAAGUGGCCAAGGUUUCUCAUGAGUGAUGAGUCUUCAGGUCCAGUAGGGUAUCUCUGGUGGGGUUUUGGGGGCCUUGGGUUCCUUGAUCUGGUCUGGCCUUCAGUAAAGCCAAAGUCUUCUUGGGUUUCUAGAUCUGGCCUGGCUUGAGUUUUCUUCUUGUUGUGAUCUAGCUGCCCUCUCUCCCCCUGAC